AUGCGAGUGUUCGACAAGCUGUUCAAUGCUCUCAACUGUCCUGCUGAACGGCGUGUGGAUAUUUCUGUUUACUAUCUUCAGCAGCGAGCUGACAUCUGGUGGGCUGCAGCUAGUCCGGCCCUACGUCAAUCGCCAACUUUUGGAUGGGAAGCUUUCAAGGAUGCUCUGAGGGAGAAAUUUUACCCUGAGCAUGUUAGGACGGCUAAGUACGAUGAAUUCCUUCACCUGCGUCAAGGAAAUAGAUCGGUUCAGGAGUACUACACCGAUUUUCUCGAUCUGUCGAGAUUUGCACCGGCUUUGGUCCCUGAUGAGCGAAGCAAAACGAGUAAGUUCAUCCGAGGACUCAACUUUGAGACUCAGAAGGGUCUGAGUAUGUUCAGAUGCCAGACUCUGGACGAGGCAUAUAGCAGAGCUGCUAGCCAUUGUCAGGUUCAGCAAUUCCAGAGAGAGGUCGCUGGAAAAGGAAAGAGAAAGAGUGAAGAAGAUCGUCAACAAGGUGAGAAGAGGCCUAAAUUUCCUCAUCCAGGCUAG